UAAUAAGUUGAUUCGGAUACUGGCAACUUGGUGUAUGACACAGGCUGUUUAUUUCUGUAGUGGGGACCUAGGCCCUCCAGAAUAUCAUCAUUAUGGGCUUGCAGCGCCACUAUAUACUCAUUUCACCUAUCCUAUUAGGAGAUAUGCAGAUGUGAUUGUGCACAGGUUGCUUGCUGCAUCCCUAGGGAUCGAUAAGCUUCCGCUAGUUUUCCAAGACAGAGCUCAACUAACUAGUAUUGCUGAUAAUCUGAAUUAUCGACAUAGGAAUGCCCAAAUGGCAAGCAGGGCCUCAGUGGAGCUCCAUACUCUCAUUUACUUCAGAAACCGGCCGACUGACACAGGAGCCAGGAUAGUAAAGAUAAGAUCCAACGGGUUCAUCGUGUUUGUGCCCAAAUAUUGUAUAGAAGAACCGGUGUACUUGACAACGAGAGCAGAAAAAGGAAGCGGGCAGUAACAUGUCGACGAGCAGCAGCAGAAGAUUACAAGGAUGGACAAUAAUAACCUUUCCUACAGUGUACUGCAAGCAGUGAGGAUCCACAUGGAGGUUGUGGAUCCCCAACCGAACCGCCCUAAAUUGCAUCUGACUCUUAUUACCUAGAAGCAAAAGAUAAAUGUAAGGAGGAAAU